GCAUAGUUCAUAGUAUGAGUGAACCGAUCAGGUUGUCUGGUUUUGAAGUAAAGUAUGCCAUCUUGGUCGGAUCUCCGGCGAUGUACACCAUCGAUCACAACCCAACUCCGCCAUUUUAGCCAUUUAAGUAGAACUGAUGGUCAGCAGGAUCCAAAAAGUAGUUCAAUAUCUUUCCUCAAAUGGAUUGGUGGAAUCAUUACCAGUUCCACUUUAGCUUUCGCAUAUUACUCCUAUAACUAUUCUUCACCAAAUUACCCAUCUUUCUCUUUUUCCCACACAUCACAAUCUCGACCAAGCUAUCUCUUUGGAGAUGCUUACAGAAGAAAAGUAUUCUUUAAUUAUGAAAAGCGUAUUAGGAUGCGAAGUCCUCCUGAAAAGGUGUUUGAGUACUUUGCAUCUUUUGAAGCCCAUGAUGGAGAAAUAUUUAUGACACCAGCAGAUCUAAUGAGAGCAGUUGUUCCGGUGUUCCCUCCAUCUGAAUCACACCUCGUGAGAGAUGGAUAUCUCAGAGGUGAAAGAAAUCCGGGUGAAUUGCGAUGUGCCCCAUCAAAAUUUUUUAUGCUUUUUGACACAAAUAAUGAUGGCCACAUCUCUUUUAAAGAGUAUAUUUUCUUUGUCACCCUGCUGAGUAUCCCUGAAUCAAGUUUUUCAGUGGCAUUCAAGAUGUUUGACCUCGACUGUAAUGGAGAGAUAGACAUUGAUGAAUUCAAGAAAGUAAUGACUUUGAUGCGAGCUCACAACAGGCAAGGUGCUCAUCACAGUGAUGGACAUCGAGGAGGGCAUAAUCUAGGUGGUCAUAUAGACAGUGGAGGCCUAUUACAAGACUUCUUUGGUGAAGAUGGGAAGAAACGCCUCCAGUAUGAUACAUUUGUUCAAUUCUUGAGAGAUCUACAUGAAGAAAUACUAAAAUUGGAGUUUGUCCACUAUGAUUACAAGUUUCGGGGGACUAUUUCCGCAAAGGAUUUUGCCCUGUCCAUGGUUGCUUCUGCUGAUUUAAAGUAUUUACACAAGUUGCUUGCUCGAGUUGAUGAUUUAGAUAAUGAGCCACAACUAAGUCAUAUUCGUAUUUCAUUUGAGGAAUUCAAAAGUUUUGCUGAGCUACGGAAGAAAUUGCAACCGUUUUCGUUGGCACUUUUCUGUUUCGGGCAAGUGAAUGGUCUUUUGACUAGAAGUGAUUUUAAAAGAGCUGCUUCUCAAGCAUGUGGAGUCUCUAUCACUGACAACAUGAUAGAACUUGUGUUCCAUGUUUUUGACACAAAUCAUGAUGGAAGUUUAAGCUCAGAUGAGUUCAUUAGAGUUUUAGAGAAGCGAGCAAGGGAUAUUGCUGAGCCAACCGAAGCAGGUAUCCUUAACUUUAUGUCUUGUUCUGGGAAUUGCACAAGCAACUACAAAUCAUCAUUGCUUUCUUCAUGGUCAACCUCUUGUUGACGGAAUGAGGACCCAGAGGAAGUGAUAUCCUGGAUGUUUAUUUAGUUAUACUGUACGAAGGGGAUGAUGUUUGGCACCACAACAAGUAGUGUCGUAUUUAGUAGGAGGUUACGGGUUCACAAUUGAAGCAUUGUGCUACUUAUUUCCAGAAAAUUGUUCGUUUGAUCCCUUGGUAGUUUAUAAAGGCCAAGUAUGAGUGUAGCAGGAGAGACUUGUAGGUGUAUAGACUUGGAAAUUCUGCAGUGUAACAUUCUACAAGUUUAAUGUUAUUCAAAUAUUUUAGUCUUCUGGAA